AUGUCUGUGUUUCGUGGUCAGAACCUGCGGAAGACAGAAAAACUCGCAAGGGUAGCGAGAGAAGAAGCACGACCUUCCUCCAGUUCCGAAAUUAAAUAUUUUCCUGGUGGAUGCGAGUCUUCGUCAUGCGGUGGUCCAGAGGCUGGUUGCCUACAGGUGUCCAACAAUACGUCCCAUUAUUGUGUCUGCACGACGGAUGGGCAACCUAUGAGAGAUGGUGUCAGCUGUCCUCGAAGCACAGUGCCAUUGACACAGAGCAAAGCAAUUCACAAUAUCAUCCCACCAGGACCGUCGAAUGCGACGGAGACAAGAUACCCGCCGAUAUCUCCAACAGCACAAGGUGCGAAGUCCUUAGUAAGCAGUGAAGUUCUUACUGAAACAACGGGCACCGACCCAUCAUUCAUCGGAGCCAACGUUCAUGAAAACCCAACUGCACCGAUUAUCAUGACGGUGGUCGCAGGCUGUGUCUCUUUAUUGGUCAUAGUAGCAAUAAUUAGUGUAAUUCUCUACCUCAGAAAGCGAAUCUGUGAUGUCGACGGAAAAGUCAAACCGCGUUUACGACCUGGCGAGCCUCUGCUUGCUGAACGGUAUAUAACGAACCCGCAGUACGGCGUCUGCGAACCUGAGGUUAAACUCCUCGAUCGCAGUGCUCUGACCUUCCUGGAAGAAGUCGGGGAAGGAUGUUUUGGAAAAGUUCAUAAAGGUGUUCUUCGUGUCGACCAUGGUGAACAAGUUGUGGCAAUCAAAGUACUGAAAGAGAGCGCUGGCCGAAGUGCCGAAGAAGACUUCGUCAGAGAGGUGUCAAUUAUGUCCGCAUUCCGACAUCCAAACAUUUUAAGUCUGGUUGGAGUAGUUUACAGAGAUGACAUCAAUGCUAGUCCGUGGAUGGUCUUCGAAUACAUGGAAUGGGGUGAUUUAGCUGGCGUACUACGAGGAUCUCGAGGCGGUGGAAGAGCUGGACCUACUUUAUUAGAACCGGCGCUACUACACAUCGCUCUUCAGGUAGCAAGAGGCAUGCAGUAUCUUGCCUCCAAGCGAUUCGUCCACCGCGACCUUGCCGCUAGGAAUUGUUUAGUUGGAGCGAACUUAUCAGUAAAAAUAGCAGACUUUGGUAUGUCCCGUGACGUGUACACCUGUGACUAUUACAAAAUGGGCGGAGAAAGACCCAUGCCAGUGCGAUGGAUGUCCCCUGAGAGUAUUGUUUACGCUCGAUUUACCCACGAAUCCGAUGUGUGGUCAUACGGAGUUGUCCUAUGGGAAAUCUACAGCCGCGGUAAACAACCUUACUACGGCUGCAAUAAUGACGAUGCAACGAAACGAAUCACAAACGGUAUCUUACUGGUCCCACCUGAGGACUGCCCGCAAUUCGCCUGUAGAUUAAUGAGAGAAUGUUGGGCAACGGAUCCUAGAAAUAGGAUUGGUUUUGACGAGAUUUGUAGGAAACUAGAAGUAGCGGCUGCGGCCAAUGGAAGUACUCAAAUAAGACUGCCCCGACCACCGCCGCCACCGCAAGAUUCUACAGGGUAUUUAAUUCCAACAAAUCCACCGUGUAAUGCAGACUAUAUGAAGCCACUACCGGACCUGGAUCCCGAUUCAGAGUUCAGCGAAGAUGAGGACAUUGACGAUGACUACACUUGA